AUGUUCGUUUUGAACCGGACAAAUGUUGUAGUUUCACGAGUUAUUCCCACAGCACUUUCGAAUGCAACAAAUCCGACAACAAGUGCUACAGGUCAAUCCCGGAACAUUUCAACAUCAAUUCCACUAUUAAAAGAAGAUUACUACAAAAUUCUUGGAGUGGAUAAGAAAGCCGACGCUAAAGCAAUUAAAAAGGCGUAUUUUCAACUUGCCAAGAAAUACCAUCCAGACAUCAACAAAACCAAAGAAGCACAAUCAAAGUUUCAAGAGAUUUCUGAAGCGUACGAAGUUCUUUCCGAUGACACGAAAAGGCAACAAUAUGAUGCUUAUGGCAGUGCUGGACCACAAGCAGGUGGUUCUCCCGGCGGCGGCGGAUGGCAUCAUGCUGGUAAUGUCGACGUGAACGAGAUUUUCAGACGAGCAUUUGGGGGUGGGAUGGGUGGCGGAUUUUCUUGGGACAAUUUCACUGACAGUUCCUUCGGUCAUUCGGCAGCACAAGAGAUGAUCAUGGAUAUCUCAUUUGAAGAAGCUGUUAGAGGAGCUUCCAAAAAUGUGUAUGUGAAUGUCGUUGAAGAUUGCUUGAAGUGUCAUGGAACUCAAGUCGAGCCGGGUUUCAAGAAGACAACUUGCCCAUACUGUAACGGUACUGGUGCGGUUUCUCAACGACUUCAAGGCGGCUUUUUCUAUUCCGCGUCUUGCACGCGGUGUAGAGGAACUGGUCAUUAUAAUAAGAAUCCAUGUCAUGAAUGUGAAGGCCAGGGGCAAACUGUUCAAAGGCGGCAGGUCACAUUCAAUAUUCCGGAAGGCACGGAUCAUGGAAGUAGUGUUCGGUUUAACGUUGGAAAGAAUCAAAUCUACGUUAAAUUCAAUGUCGCCCCUUCAACGAAGUUCCGGCGAGAAAAAGAUGAUAUUCACGUCGAUGUGCCUAUUUCGAUCGCGCAAGCCGUUCUUGGAGGAACUGUUAAAGUUCCUGGAAUCAAGGAAGAUACAUAUAUUCACAUUCCGGCCGGAACUUCUAGUCAUACAAAAAUGAGGCUCACGGGAAAAGGAGUUAAGCGAUUGCAUUCACAUGGCUAUGGAGAUCAAUAUAUGCAUAUUAAGAUCACUGUACCGAAGUACUUAACUGCCGAACAGAAAGCAUUGAUGCUUGCAUGGGCAGCAACAGAAAACAUCAAAAAUGGUACGAUCAAAGGUCUCGACGAGGCGAAGAAAGCCGCUCACCAAAAUUCUGACGACAAAACCAAAGGAAAAUCACCUGAAAAUGAGGAUCCAUCGAAUGAACCUAAAAAGGAAAAUAAACAAGCAACUUCAUAG